GUUGCGCGCUCUCUCCGGCUCUCCUCCGCUCGGCCUCGAAGGUGGAGACGCGCUCCCGCCGGUAAGCCCGCGGCCGGCGUUACCGACCGAGCCGCGUCUCUCUCGCUCGCGCGGCCCGCGGCCGCGGUCCGUCCUCGUCGCUCCGGCCCCGCUGGCGCGCGGCUUUCCGCGCUUUGACAGUCGGCCAGCCGUGACCCAGCCAGGAGGUACCGAAACAUGUGAAAGCCGGAACCUCGUGCCAGGAUAUAUUAUCCCGAGAGUCUCUUUAUGCGAGGAGACGGCCGCUAGAGGCGCGGAUCGCGCCCAGGGGCCAGUGGAUCUAGUCGUAGAAGAGGGUCAUCCGUCGAGGACUCGAGGGUGGAAAUCCCAAGGCGGUCGCAUCCCCGAUGGGAAGCGGAGACACGAGCGAGGACUACCGACGAACAGGCCGCGAGUCGCACGCGGGGCCCUCCUCGAGAAUGCAGAGCUAGAGGACGAGCCUUCUUAGCGGCGAACCCGUUCGAGAGCCUACCGAGGAAGAGAGAGAGGAAGAGGAAGAGGGAGACAGGAGAGAUGCCGGGGAAGAUGUUGGGAGCAGUCGUCGAGAGCCGGCCGGCGAUGCUGCCGAUGUACCUGCUGAUGCUGAUGCUGAUCACCAGACCCGGAGGAGCCCGCGCCAACUGGUGGUACUUAGGCGUGGAGCCCAGAGCAGGUGGAUUCGGGCCCGAGGGUGGGCCCGAUGGGCAGCCGCAGAUCGGAGCUGGCGUAAUUGGGCCCGCGAGUGCGGAAAAGCACUGCAAAAAUCCGCAUCUCACCCCGAAGCAACAAUCGGUCUGUUCCCGAUCCCCGCCGAUUUUACAGGCCGUCAGCGCCGGGGCCAGGCUGGCCAUCGAGGAGUGCCAACACCAGUUCAGGUCGGCCAGGUGGAAUUGCUCGGUGAACUCCGAAAAUCCGCAGAACAUCUUCGGAGGGGUCAUGCUAGUCAACAGUCGCGAAGCUGCCUUCGUGUACGCCAUUUCGGCCGCAGGGGUGGCUUACAGCGUGACAAGGGCUUGCUCGCGAGGCGAGCUUACGGAUUGCUCUUGCGACAACCGAGUCAGAUCUCGACAUCCCAAUCACUGGCAGUGGGGAGGAUGUAGCGAGGACAUCCACUUCGGGGAGAAGUUCUCGCGCGAGUGGUCGGAGAGCGGCGAGGAGCCCGUCAAGGACGUCGGGGUGCACGGGCCCGGGAGCCUAGCUGGUCUGCUGAUGAGAAGACACGACAGCGAGGCCGGGAGACGAGCGGUCCGCUCGAGGAUGCAGCGCGUCUGCAAGUGCCACGGCAUGUCCGGGUCGUGCAGCGUGCGAGUCUGCUGGCGAAGACUCCCGGCGUUCCGAACGGCCGGGACCGCCCUGGCAGGCCUCCACGAGGGCGCGGCCCUGGUGCGACUGGCCCAAAGGGGAGGCCGCAGGCCCGCCAGGCUCAGGCCCGCCAGACCGGACCUGAAGCGGCCCAACAAGACCGACCUGAUUUACCUCGAAGACAGUCCCGACUACUGCGAGCGGAACGUCACCCUCGGGAUCCCGGGGACCAGAGGCAGGGUCUGCAACCGGACGUCCCUCGGCUUGGAGGGCUGCCGACUGCUCUGCUGCGGCCGCGGCUACCAGACGAGGGUGCGCGACGUCACCGAGAAGUGCAGAUGCAGAUUCGUCUGGUGCUGCCACGUGCAGUGCGAACUCUGUCGGCAGACGCGCGAGGAACACGUUUGCAAUUAGACGCUCCCGUCACGAAGCCACUUCGUAUGACCGAAGCGACCGGCGCGCGCCAGCCAGAUCGAGAGUACCCGAGUGCGAUCGAGCACCGAGUGUACCGACCAGACCCGAGUACCCGAGCUCGAGGACCAGGAAGCACUCCGAGACGAGGUCGAGGUCCCGAACCAACCCCUUCUGUGAUCCGCGUUGACAAGGGUGUUCACCUGCAUCUUCCAGUAUCCUCGAACCGCGACAGGUCCGGGAAUCUUCCCGGCAAAGGUUGCGGAUCGGCGGUCCAGGUGCAUCCGGGUGAUCCGAGGGCGAGAAGGGUAGAACGCAGGAACGUCGGGCUCCCAAGGGCCGCCAAGAAAUCGCCGCACCUCGGGGCGCGCUCUCCAUCGGACGCACCAAGUAUAUCCCUGAAGUACUGUAAUGAAGAGUAAUUGCUACCGUAAGGCUUCCUCCGCGUGCUUCGAGGGUCUCUUUCGGGAGGAAGGAUCUCUCUCCGUGCCGUGCGAUCCGUCCGAUCGCCGGGAUCUCUUCUUUUUAUCUUUCUUUUUUUCCCCCAUUAACAAAUUGCCCCUUCAUUGACCGGCCGUUCCGAGCGACUCGGUGGAGCAUACGAGCGGAAAAGUGCGUUCAACGUUCAAGGCCGAGCGACGCGUGGGGCACGAGAGCCCAAGAAGAGCUGCGCGGAACGUACGCGGUCCAAUCGGCCGACGACGAGGUCCGUGUCUUCCCCUCUCCCCAUAUCUGCGACAUCGGCGUCGAGGAGAUGCAAUCGCGGUCCUUACCCUCCGACCUUCGGCAACCUCGACGUUAGAAAUCCGGAGUCCGUCUCUGGUGGCGUAAUCUCCUCCCAUUUCUCCUUCAUGGGUCCUCUCCUCUCCUCGGAGCCCACGGAUGGGAUCGUUCCCCGGUCCUCGUUAUCGGCGGGAAUGGCAAGGUCGCUCCAACCGGGUCCCCCUUUUCUCUGGAAACACCAUCGUUUUGUAAACCCGCCAUCAUCGCCCCGUUUAUAAGGCGACAUAUGGCCUCUGCCAUCGCCUUAACGCCGUGGCACGCGGGUUCUCGUGCCCCUCGGAUCAGGAGCAGUUAAUUCCGAGGGGCGGCCCUGCCCCGAGAGGGAGGGAUACAUCCAGGGUCCGGGAGAGCGACGGAGAGCACCGCGACCAAGACGCAGGGUCGCGCGUAUAAAAUCCGGCCAACUUUUACGAUACACUUUCGGCGAGGGGGCCGUUUGACGGCGCUUUCGAGCCCGAAAUCGAGCCCGAGAAUCGACAGAGGCCGUUACGAGCCGCCAGCCAAUCGCUGUUUCCUCCCCGAUGAGUAACGCAGUCAAUUUCCGCGUUUAAUGUCCUCGGGGCGAGAUAGCGUCCCGGCGCGCGGAGAGAGGAGCCCUCGGGGACGCGGAGGACGGCGAGGACGCUUUUAACGCGACGCCGCUUACUCGGCUCCGACUUCUCAGGAGAAUAAAUUCCCGUUGACCAUGGCUUCCCUCGGAGGUCGCUCUAGAUGGACCGGGACGGGUACUCGGGGACGUCCACGUCGCUUUCCAGCGCCGUCAGCGACUGCUACUGUACACGGGGAGAGUCUUGCAGGGGACGUCGUUGUACAGUGGUGACAAGGAACGACGGCAACGGGUACAUGGAUGACGUUUCCUGUAGGACUCUCCUGACGCAACUUGCGGACCAGGUGGAAGGGGGCAGGAAUUACUCUCACCGGGAAGUGGUACGUCGGCAAAGCAACUACGGCAAUCGGGAUGGAUAUCCGGCUGACGGUGCAAGACCGGCCGAGAGCCGGUCCUCGGGUGUUCCGGUCUUCGUCGUGUACGCAUGUGCCAAUAGAGGCUAGAAGAAGAUAGAGGAGGUCAUUAGGAUGGGGAGAAAAGAACACGAACACGUCGCCGUACAGGCUCGCACGCGGAGGGAGGCUCGUCUCACUCGGCCGAAUGCUUCUCUAAUGGGCCAGAUGUUUAACCUGAAUUUUCUACCUUAUCAGGCCUCGAUCAGGCCUCGAUUACACGGUCCGGCCAAGGAUUCGCUCCAACCGGAUAAAUGGCGCACUUGCGACUUGCAUGAAUUACAUACCGGAUGCGAAGACAUUCGGUCGACCUGGACGAGCGUUCCCCAUGCCGCGGAACUGUACCGGACACCUUCGAUCCGAUCCGUGCACUUACUCCUCGUCGCGUCCAAGUACUCGCGCCGAUCCAGACCUGCGAAUAAUAAGUAAAUGAAUUAAUCGAAGAGCAGAGUCCGCGAGAUCGGGAUCGGGCUCGAACAAAGUUAGGCUAUGUUUAGGUUUAGGUUGCGCGCAAGGCAAAGGAUACCAAUGCUCUCUAGCACGUAGGCAAGCGGCGGAGAAACCUUAGGUUAGUGGACGUAAAUUCAAUUCUGCCCUGCCGGCCCCGGGGGAAGAUCUUGACCGGUCCAAGGGCGGGGUUACCCUGACCCGAGAUCAAAGAGACCGUAUCGACGCUGGCCCGAAAAUCCUCCGUCGAGCUGAAACAAGUACACGGAUCGUUAGACGAGACGAGAGAUAAAGACCUCACCAGAUUCGCGGAACCGCCAAAUCGAGUACCCGAUCGAACGGAUUAAGAGCUCGGCGAUCUUGCUAGGAUCGAGGGGACCCUUUGAUCUCGGGCCAAGUUUCGUUACCUUGCACCAAAACUGCAAUUCUUCUCCCUUGGUCCAGAGGGUCGAAUCGGUCGGCCGUAAGGGGGGUUUCUUAGAGCAGCGAUUUCGACCACUCGUCGAUCUCAUCGUCCGAUCCGACAACGCGCAAUUGCCCAGGAAACGUGCGGCCAAUCGUUCUAGAAACGAAUCGAGGAAUAUUUAUAACUACAGUAUAAAGUAAUUAUACCCUUAGCGCGAUUCUAAUACCAAAAGUGGUAUAUAUAGGUCCACCCUAAUGCGGUACCCAUCAGCGGUGUAAAAUCGUCGCGUUCGAAAGUCACAUUCCAGUGUCAGUGUGAUAAGAUACAAUUUUCACAUCCCGAUGAUCGUGCGCCAUCGGGCCGAGUCGAAACUAUAUCAUAGAACCGGGAGCUAAGUAUUAAUUUAAUGUAAAAAGUGAAAAAUGCAAAAAAAGAAAAAGAUAAAUGAGAUAGGCGACAUUGGGCGACUCCGAUCUAGCUACUCGAACCGUUUUACACCGCCGAUUUUUAACAGUAUUGUAUAUUAUGUUGUACAAUCCGGACUCUUUAGAGUGACCGUUCGCGUUGUACACUAAUCGUGUCUAUAGAACGUACUCUUCGUCCCCACGUGGGCACCUCUUGGAACUAAACAAAAUGGCGGGGUUUGCGAGGACCUCGGUAAAGAGCCUCCCCUUGUUCGGGGAAAGCGAGACAAUUCACCGUGCAAUUCCACUCCCUGUAGCGGGAAUUGCAGAGGCAGGCAAUCGCAAAACCCCGCCAAUUUGUACCUUUAAGCGGGACGUCGAGAGUGUCGAGAGCCGCGCACGCGAAUCGAGGCAGAAAGGGAAGAAAAAUAGGAGGAAAUGCGAGGGUACGAGCAUUUACGUGUCUGCAUUCGCUCGCUAAAAGGCAAACGAGGAGUCGAAUUCCGAUUUUUUAGGGCGCGCCGCGUUUCCCUCGAUCCUCGAGGAGAGAUUGAAAAAUAAAGAUGGCGGACGAAACGAAGUCGCAGGUCCACCUUCGAAGAAAUUCCUCUUGCCGGCUCCGCGGACGGAAGUGUACUCCACUCCUCGUUUCGUUCGCCGAAUUCGGACCUUCGUGUUCUCCAUCUGGGGUCGGAUCCUCCACCUGGGGAAAAGGGGGAUAAAUUAAAACGUUUAAAGGCGCGCCCUACCAUUCCCGUGUCGUCGUCUCGAAGAGGCCGACACGACUAGGACGUGUAAUAAGCCGCGUUAAGUACUUACAAAGCGCAGUAUUGACCGAUAGUUAUUUAUUUCGCUCGCGGUACGCACCGAUGAAGAAAAAGAGAUACGUGAAGUCCGUUCCCAAACGAUUAACACUUACUCGUACACGUUCACACACAUACAGUACACGACGCCCACGUACAGAGUGUAUGCGUAGCUUUUUUAAUGUUACAAACGCAAUUACUCUUAUAAUUGUGUCUGUCGAUUAGUCCCAAGACCUUCUAGUUUAUA